AUGACUCUCACGCGCUCCCAAACGGGGAAAACCCCUAAGAAAAUGGAUCGCCCUGGUUAUAUCGAGACUCCCGGCCGUCGUUCGAACCGUAAGAGCUUGGCUUUCGAUAUGAGCGAGAACGAUGCCUCCGAUUCGCCUGCCCCCAGGUCCAAGUCGUCCACUCGUCGUCGCACGUCGGGUAAGGUCAAGGAUGAGGAAGAGGAGGAGAAUCCUGUGACCCCUACGCCCUCAACCAAUGGCAAGGCGGCGACUCGUAAGAAGGCGAAGUCCAAGUCGCGCAUUGUCGAUGGCUGGGAGGAGGGACUCGAUCCCAAGAUCGAUUACAGUGGACACUACGAGUUCGGUGGCUCUAUGGGUGUGCUGUCUAUGAUGAUCGGCUUCCCAAUGCUCAUGUACUACAUGUGGAUUGGCGCGACUUAUUAUGAAGGCAAAUUCCCGACUCGUGAGGAGGGGCAGAGCUUCGCGGAGUUCUUCACUCACAUGGGUCAAUUGGUUUACACUGGUGCGUUCCCUUCGCUGAAGGCUUGGACUAUUUACUGGGUCUUCUUCCUCUUUGAGGGUGCGUGCUACGUGCUUUUGCCCGGUGUCUCUGUCUCGGGGCGUCCCCUCCCGCACUUGGGUGGCAAACAGCUUCCUUACUACUGCUCAGCUGUGUGGUCGUUUUACACUAGCAUUGUGCUAGUGUUGGCUUUGCACUUCACUGGUCUCUUCAAGCUUUACACUCUCAUUGAUGAGUUUGGUCCUCUUCUUAGCGUUGCCAUUCUGUCGGGCUUCUUGGUUUCUUUCGUGGCCUACUUCUCGACUUUGGCUCGUGGUGCCGAGCACCGUAUGACCGGAUCUCCCAUUUAUGAUUUCUUCAUGGGUGCUGAACUUAACCCGCGCAUGUUUGGCAUUUUGGACUUUAAGAUGUUCUUCGAGGUCCGCCUCCCCUGGUUCAUUCUGCUGUUCCUUUCUAUGGGUGCUGCCGCUCGUCAGUGGGAGGUUUACGGAUACGUGUCCGGCGAGGUCAUGUUCCUCGUCAUGGCGCACUUCCUGUAUGCCAACGCCUGCUCCAAGGGCGAGGAGUGCAUUGUGUCUACCUGGGAUAUGUACUACGAGAAGUGGGGCUUCAUGCUCAUCUUCUGGAACUUGGCUGGUGUGCCUCUGAGCUACUGCCACUGUACCAUCUACCUGGCCAACCACGACCCCAGCGAAUACCACUAUAACCGCUUCUUCCUUGCUUUCCUCUACGUUGCAUAUCUGUUUGUCUACUGGGUUUGGGACACCACCAAUAGCCAGAAGAACCGUUUCCGCCAGCAGGAGCGUGGCACCAUGCUGCCGUGGCAGACCGUGAAGAACCCCAAGACUCUCACUUCCGCCGAGGGCUCCAAGAUUCUCGUUGACGGGUGGUACGGCAAGGCUCGCAAGAUCCACUAUACCUGCGAUCUCUACUUUGCCUUGAACUGGGGCCUGAUCACCGGCUUCUCCAGCCCCUUCCCCUGGUUCUACCCGCUCUUCUUCGCCUGCAUGAUCUCCCACCGUGCCCUGCGUGAUAUCCAGCGGUGUCGCGUCAAGUACGGCGAGACUUGGCUCGAGUACGAGCGCCAGGUGCCCUACCUUUUCAUUCCCGGGCUCUGA